UUGCGGUUUAAGCAAUAAUAACCCGAGUCUCAGAGGCAAGGAUGAGCACUGCAGGUUCAUUUUCAUAGUGGCUCGUUGUGGCUGUAGGCCCACGGUGGAGGAGCAGCCGUGGGAGCAGCCUGUGCACAGCUUUACUGGUGAACGGGUGCUGGCCACCAGCCAGGAGGGCAGGGAGCUGGGCUUGGCUUAUUGCUGAAAUGUAGUUGCUUCUGCAACUUCCAGCUGGACGUGAUGAGCCAGGCAGGGCAUAUCCCCCUCUAAAGGGGUAGGGGCAGAACAUGCUGCUCCCACGGCCCACCCGACCAGGUGGAAACUCAUCUUGUUGCAGUGAUGGGGCCAAGUGCAAAGCCUGCCUCUGGAUCCCAGGUUGGAUUUGGUCCCCUGGCCUCCGUCUGCCAGAGGCACGCUCACUCCUGCCCCCGUUCGCACCCACCAGUGCCACGUGAGGCUUCCCACCGUGACAUUUGCUUCUCAGACCUGAAUCACAUGCGCGUGGGGGUUUCCCCAUCUCCAGAGCCCACCACUGCUGCUGAAAGGAGCUGGGCUGGGCCCGUUGGACUGCUGAGCCACGAUAGCUGAAACCAGGAAUUUUUUUUUCUCUGCGGGCAGGAAGCUGAGCGCUUCCUCUCCAAGCCGGAGCUGACUUUCAUUUGUUGGUUUGCAGGGCUGGUUUUGCAAUCCUGUAAGCCCCUGGGUGGUAGGAGGGGCCUCUCUUUACCCAGCAGGUUUUAUUUCCUUGCAUGGCUCAGGGGUGAGAGUCCAGCUUCCCAGUAUCCUCCCAUCCCUCUGUGCCCUUCCUUCUCGUGCUGAUCGCAGGGAGGCGGCUUUUUGGCUGCUUUUGGAGGUAUGUUAAUAGGCUGACUUUUUCCUGAGCUUUAUCAAGGCGCAGCAGAGCAGGGAAGAUAAGGGCCAACAUCAGCCGAUAGCAAGGACAGCUGAUAGUGGCAGCAGCGAGCUGGAUAGCAGUGCUGGCUGGAUCGGAUGGGUUAAGUGAUUCGCUUCGUCGGGGGGCUGCUGCCCUCUGCCGGCUCGGAGGCAGCCUGCCGUCCCGCUGGAAAUGCAGAGCACGCCGAACUAUCUCUGGUACACGGACGAUGUCUUGGGCCAAGGUGCUACGGCCUGCGUGUACAAAGCACGCAACAAGAAAUCGGGAGAGCUGGUUGCUGUGAAAGUCUUCAAUAAUGCCAGCUACAUGAGACCCCAAGAGGUUCAGCUGAGAGAGUUCGAGGUGCUGAGGAAAUUAAAUCAUAAGAACAUCGUCAAACUGUUCGCGAUUGAAGAGGCCGGAAGCAGCAAGCAGAAGGUGCUGGUGAUGGAGUACUGCUCAAGCGGGAGCUUGCUGAAUAUGUUGGAAGAUCCAGAAAACGCCUUUGGCUUGUCUGAGGCCGAGUUCCUCAUCGUGCUGAACUGUGUCGUGGCCGGCAUGAACCACCUGCGGGAGAAUGGCAUCGUCCACAGAGACAUCAAGCCGGGAAACAUCAUGCGGCUGAUGGGGGAAGAUGGGCAGAGUGUCUACAAGCUCACGGACUUUGGGGCUGCUCGGGAGCUGGACGACGACGAGAAGUUUGUGUCUGUCUACGGAACAGAAGAGUAUCUUCAUCCAGACAUGUAUGAACGAGCAGUUCUGAGAAAACCCCAGCAAAAGGCUUAUGGGGUGACUGUAGAUCUGUGGAGUAUCGGGGUGACCUUUUACCACGCUGCCGCAGGCAGCCUCCCCUUCAUCCCUUUCGGAGGACCUCGCAGAAACAAAGAAAUCAUGUAUAAAAUAACAACCCAGAAACCUUCUGGAGCAAUCUCAGGUGUCCAGAGGCAGGAGAACGGGGCCAUCGAGUGGAGUUACGAGCUGCCUGUCACGUGCCGACUCUCUGUGGGGCUGAAAAGCCAGCUUGUCCCGAUCCUGGCCAACAUCCUGGAAGUGGAUCAGGAAAAAUGCUGGGGCUUCGAUCAGUUUUUCGCAGAAACCAGUGACAUCCUGCAGAGGAUAGUGUUCGAUGUCUUCUCCUUGUCACAAGCCACCAUGCACCGGGUCUUCAUCCACUCCCACAACACUACAAACAUAUUUUUAGAUGCUGUCUUCAGGCAAACAAAUACAGCCCCUCACCAUCAAGAAUACUUUUUUGAAGGUUACCCAUAUGACUUGGAACCCAACCUCCAAGCCCAAAAUUUCUCCAGGACCACGCAAAAUAGCCCUCUGACUUUGCUGAGCACUGAAACAGAGGAUCCCAUAGGAGUGAGAUACAGAGAUCCGGCACACGGCUUCCCAAAGUUUGUCCCGAAGGUUGAUGUCAUAGCUGACUGCAGCAUAGCAAAGGGUGUCCUCGGUGCAGUUCACCAGACGCUGAGGAUAGCCCGGUCGCUUCUGAAAUGUCAAGAGUUUAUCCUGAGGGGGCUCCACUGUGUGAUCGAGAGCCUCAAAUCUGAGUGCUCAAAGUUUCUGGAGAGGAAGGAAACAGCCGUUUUGAUGCUGACCUGCUUGCAGCAUACCAACGAGAAGACCCUGAUGGUGUAUGAAUCUGUAUCUGGAAGCAAUGGGAACCCAGAGCUGAAGGACCUGGCUGAGGUGAAAGCAAGGCUGCAAACGGUCACUGAAGACCUCUUUAGGUACUCUCACAGCAUCUCUGAAUAUCAAGGGACAUUGGGUGAUAUUUUAUCUGAGCUGGUAAAUCACCGGCAGCAGGCACAAGAAGAUAGAAGCAUCCGGCAGAUGGAGUGCUGCCUUGAGAAGAUGCAGCUCAUACACAAGCAGUUCAAGAAGGCCAGGGCGUGCAUGCGGCUGGCCUAUAAUGAGGAACAAAUACACAAACUGGAUAAGUUGAAUCUAGGACAUCUAGCAAGAAAAGUUAUAUCAAUUUUCCAGGAUGAUUGCGUACAGAAAUAUCAAGAUGUCCUGGGUGGUCAUGGAAACAGAAUGAGGAAAGUUUGCGAGAUAAAAAAACAUUUGAAGAAGCUCGACAGUUCCUUGUCAGCAGGCUGCGUGGAGCUGACUGAGUGCUGGGACUGCCUCCAUAACGGAGAGGUGCCUGCAACGACCAUCAUUUCUCCACACGUUGUUCUCCUGCAGCACUUACCCUCCCACAUCCCCUUUAAAAGCUCCAGCUUUGAGGGCGGGAGGGGAGUUGAAUACAUGGCAUUGCCCCGAGAUGUAGACCUAGGAGCACAGCACAUCACCUGCAGCAGCGUCAAGUCUCUUUAUCUCUGCAGGCUUUGGACAGGCUGCCACAGAGAGUCCAGGUCCCUUCCGCUCCUCUACCAGUUUACACACAAGACACCGAACAGGGUAUGGCACUUAGAAUGCAGGAGCUUCUGGAGCAAAUGAAAUCAGUAACUUGUGAUCUCCAGUUGAACAACAGCAUCAUUGAACGGUUACGUGGGGUUGCACCCACUCCAGGUGUUUAAGGGAGAUGUGGUGGAUUUGCAGCUGCUAAAGCAAUUACACGAAAUCUUUUACAUCUCUAACACUUUGGGUCGAGACUGCUGGAGAACUUGAACGUUCGUGUUUAUAAGACUAUGCUUUAUCCUACCUCUGCGCUGCAGCAUUUUUGCACAGUUCGUGAACUGGUCUGCAAGCCCCAAACCCUCAAAUAUACAAGCAAUGUCCCUAAAAUGGUUAAAAUGGGAGCCUCAUUCCUUUCCGUUUUCCUUAUUGCCCUGGCAUCGCUGACUUCAUCCCAUAUCGAGGGGUUCGUGUUCCAUAAGACGAAACGGGUGAGGCUGCAUAUGCCCACACACAUUGCAUAUAUACUUCUUCAACACUAGCCCCUUCUGGUGUCAAGCGUGAGCUGCAUGCAGGAAGCAUGCUGCACUUGAUGGACCAAAGACCCGAUCCUGUAUGGAACGUGUCCAAGUGUGCCAGCCGGGAGAUGCAGGAUUCAACAGACCCGGCACUGAAGAGGGCUACCCUUUUUUUUGUGCAGCUGCUAUCACGUGGGGGCCAGAACACCUGGUUCUGUUUCAUUACUUCAUUUCCACCCGGGCCAUUUGUGUCAUGAAUGCUGGUGAGUAUAAGAAGGGAAGGUUUCUC